GAGAAACAAAUGAGAAUGAAAAAAAAAGACCGAAAAAAACUGCUCACAUUUUUUCCCAGCUCGUGCCUCCUUAUAAAAAGGAGUAGUCGCCAUCGGUGCUCGGCUGCUCGCCUCCCCCGCUCUUUCGGUUAUUCCCGUGCGCGUGCGAGAGAGAGAGAGCGGAAGAAAGAAGAGACGGCGGCGGCGGCGGCGAAGGCGUCGGCUUCCGUUGGCAAGGCCACGGGAGGGCGCGAGCCAUAUCGAUCGCAAUGGAGAGCGGGCGCGGGCUGGGCGGCGGCGGCCACCGCGGCCAUUGGUUCGGCCUCGUCGCCGACUGCGGCUGCGCGGCCUCGCUGGCGGAAUCGCCCUGCCGCAGCGGCUCGUCUACGGUGGAGCGGGACAGCGACAUCCCCGCAGAGGCGACGCAGCGGGAGUGGGACGGCGAUGAGGUCGAGAGCGACGACGGCGAGGUGCAGAGCCCGUACAAGGGCUCCUCCUUCGACACCAUGGACGUGCUCCAGGAGGCCCUGCCCUUCAGGAAAGGGGUACCCAAGUUUUACAAUGGGGAGUCUGGAUCUACUGCAAAGCUUCAAGACCUUCCGGAACCAGAAACACCAUCCCCUAGGAAGCGCAAAGGCCUUCUUCCAUUCAGUUUCAAAUGGGACAAAGAGGUAUACCCCGAUGGUGACGCAAUCAAAAGCCCCACAAACUGCAGGAGGAUGACUACAUCGCCUGCUGCCACAAGCAGCUCAACAAGCAACAGUGGCAGCGAUGAUGAACAUAACCGCUCUCAGAAGCUGUCUUCCCGUCGCCCGCUCAGAAUGCCCAUCAAUGCCCUGGGUGUUUUUGCUUCUCCGCCUGGACCUCGUCCACCCCAGCCGUUCUCAGCUCACAUGAGAUCUCAAUCAAUGCUUGAUGUGCAGGAUGUGACAGAGACAGACUCAGCCGCCAUGGUCACUCCCAGGGACAAGCGCAUGAAGAAGUAGCAAAAGCUGAAUAGUAUCACCGACAAUCACAUGAAGAAAUAGCAAGAGCUGAAUGUGGUUAGUCCUGCUCUAGCUCCAGAACAUUUAGUGGAGUUAGUAGAGCAGGUCAUUAGGGGCUCUAGAAAAUCGUAGAGCUAGUUAGAAGACAUUUAAACAAGUUAUUUCAUUUAUUAUUUAGAUUAUAAAUGUUUUAAAACUAUUUAAAUCUCUAUUAUAUAAAUUUUCGUGGUUGUU